AUGUAUGUGUUGCUUUGGAAUUGGCCUGGUAUUGGCUGUGUAUCAGAGUCUAGAGUGCUUGAGUGCCCCAGCAUCCAGAUCACCACUAUCUCCCCUGAAGAGGACUCAGGUCCAGCAGGGGGAAGUUACUGGGAUGGCGGGGGUGGCUGGGACAGGGAGCGCCUAUACCUGCCCCUGCUGGAUUCUUACCGUGACGUCAUGACAGGGGCAGGUUCCCUCAGUCCCAGCCCCAGCCCUGCUUCCAGUUCCUCAUCUCGUGGAUGGCUGAGUCCAGCUUCCAGCUGUGAUUCUCUCCUGGUGGAGGAAGACGAGCUCAAUGAAGCUGCUGCCCACUUCUGCCUAUCGCCCUCCUCGCGUCCCACGUCUCCUGGGGGCAAAAAGCGCAGGAACUCCCCACUGGCCUCCCCCAGCACCUCCCGCAGAAGCAGCUACUCUGAGGAUCUCUCCUCCCUCCCGGACAUGGGAGAAACCUCGGCUCAGUCUCAGGCUCCAGCAAGCUGUGAGCUCAACAUCCCACAGAAGACCAGGAAGACCUCUCUGGAACAGAUGUCAUCAAGAGACAUCGAACCAGAGCUGACCCCCAUUCAGACCUCUCCCUGCCCCCUCCCAGAGGUUGCUCAGCUGAGAAGGGAGCCCCCCACAAUAGGGAUGGACUACCUGUCUGUGCCUCCUGCUCUGGGCUGGGGCAGAACCAGGGCCAGCGCUCACAGUCCUCUCUUUAGAUCUAAUGCACUGCCGCCACUUGACUGGCCGCUGCCUUCACAGUUUGACCAGUAUGAACUGCGCAUAGAGGUACAGCCCAGACCACACCAUCGCGCUCAUUAUGAAACUGAAGGAAGUCGAGGAGCGGUAAAGGCAUCACCUGGAGGCCAUCCAGUAGUGAAGGUGACGCUAUAA